AUGGCGUCCAACGGUACCAAUGGAACUAACGGCCACAAUGGCGUCAGUUCCUACCAUGCCUCCACCACCCAAGAGGCCAUCCAGGCCGAGAAGGACUUCGCCGCUCACAACUACCACCCACUCCCCAUCGUCUUUGCUCGUGCCCAGGGCACCACCGUCUGGGACCCCGAGGGUCGUCAAUACCUCGAUUUCCUGUCCGCGUACUCCGCUGUCAACCAGGGUCACUGCCACCCCAAGCUGGUGGCGGCGCUCGUCGAUCAGGCCUCCCGUUUGACUCUCAGUUCCCGUGCCUUCUACAACGAUGUUUUCCCUCGGUUUGCUGAGUUCGUGACCAAGUACUUUGGCUUCGACAUGGUCCUGCCCAUGAACACCGGUGCGGAGGCGGUCGAGACCGGCAUCAAGAUCGCCCGCAAGUGGGGUUAUAAGGUGAAGGGGAUUCCCGAGAACCAGGCGGUGGUCCUGAGUGCGGAGAACAACUUCCACGGACGCACAUUCGCUGCUAUUUCCUUAUCUUCUGACCCCGAGUCGCGCGAGAACUAUGGCCCUUACCUGCCCGGUAUCGGCUGCACCAUUCCCGGAACGGACAAGCCUAUCGCCUACAACGAUAAGGCCGCCUUGCGGGAGGCCUUCGAGAAGGCGGGUCCCAACCUCGCCGCCUUCUUGGUGGAGCCCAUUCAGGGCGAGGCAGGCAUUGUUGUCCCCGACGAGGAUUACCUGCAGGAGGCCAGAGCCCUGUGCGACAAGCACAACGUCCUGCUGAUCUGCGAUGAGAUUCAGACCGGUAUUGCCCGCACUGGCAAGUUGCUCUGCCACGAGUGGAGCGGCAUCAAGCCUGACAUGGUGCUGCUGGGCAAGGCCAUCUCCGGUGGCAUGUACCCUGUGUCCUGCGUGCUGGGCCGCAAGGAUGUGAUGCUUACUAUUGAGCCGGGCACUCAUGGUUCGACCUAUGGAGGUAACCCGCUGGCCUGCGCGGUCGCUAUCAGAGCCCUGGAAGUCGUCCAAGAGGAGAACAUGGUCGAGCGCGCUGAGAAGCUCGGUCACGUCUUCCGCGAUGGUCUGCAGGCCAUCAAGAGCCCCAUCAUCCAGACCGUGCGCGGCAAGGGUCUGCUCAAUGCUAUUGUCAUUGAUGAGUCCAAGACCAACGGCCACUCUGCAUGGGACCUCUGUAUGCUGCUUAAAACGAAGGGUUUGUUGGCUAAGCCAACUCACGAAAACAUCAUUCGUCUGGCGCCACCCUUGGUGAUCACUGAUGACGAGGUCCAGAAGGCCUUGGACAUCAUCAAGGAAGCCGUCAACGAGCUCCCCACGCUCACCGGUGCGGCUGAGGAUGAGGUCAUUCCCCCGCCGGAGAAGAAGGUCAAGGUCAGCCUCGAGAACUAGAGGCCAGACACCACGGAGGUGACGGAUGGUAUCCUAGUGGGAAACGCACUGGGAUGAACUUGGUACAUCGACGCAACCGCGACAGUGCCUGAACAUCGUCAGCAUCUGAGUAUGGCUUGUUCCGACCAGAGACGAUGACUUGUCGUGUCGA